CGAAAAGCAAGAACCAAAACGAGCGCACCUCGUCUUUGCUAGACGAUGUAGGAUUUACGGAAGAGGAGUCCCAGGCGUGGCAGAGGAACUUCCGUCUUUCACAGCACAAAAAUGACAGCGACUCUGCGCCCGUACUUGAACGCUGUGAGGGCCACCUUACAAGCGGCCCUGUGUCUGGAGAAUUUCUCCUCUCAGGUGGUGGAGCGCCACAACAAGCCGGAGGUGGAGGUCAGGAGCAGUAAGGAGCUGCUACUUCAGCCCGUAGUGAUCAGUCGUAAUGACAAGGAGAAGGUUCUGAUCGAGGGAUCCAUCAACUCUGUCAGAGUCAGCAUUGCUGUCAAACAGGCUGAUGAGAUCGAGAAGAUCCUUUGCCACAAGUUCAUGCGCUUCAUGAUGAUGAGAGCGGAGAACUUCUUCAUUCUGAGGAGGAAACCAGUAGAGGGAUAUGACAUUAGCUUCUUGAUCACUAACUUCCACACGGAGCAGAUGUACAAACACAAGUUGGUGGACUUUGUCAUCCACUUCAUGGAGGAGAUCGACAAGGAGAUCAGCGAGAUGAAGCUGUCCGUUAACGCCAGGGCCCGUAUCGUCGCAGAGGAAUUCCUCAAGAACUUCUGAUGACGGGGUCAAAAUGUGCUCCACCACAAAUCGAGGGAAAUCUCCAAAGGCCAAUCAGCACAAGAGUGGAGAACUAUCGGAGGAAACAGCCAAUCAGCGUUGAGAUGAGAGGAACACGACCAAUCUGACGACGACACCUGUUGCACCCGUCUCGAGUAUUUCCCUGUACUCAUGAAUAUCAAUGACUGUAUAUAAUGAAAUAUUUACCAGUUUCAUUUUUUCUGCCACUUAGAACAAAUGCCCAAACAAAGGCGGGUCCUUAAAGUAUUAAUCAAGUUGAUAGCCAUGAAUACAGGGGCAGCAAGAGUGUGUUGUUGAAAAUAAAAUGGCCGAGUUUUUGUAUUCUGUGUAUGUGAGUCCGUUUUUACUGUCACUGUCAAAUUUGUCUCCCAAUUUCUGUUCAGGAAGCCCAUGUUUGAGAAAGUAGGUGAUUUAUCACAUGUAACGAAGAGCUGUCUGUACCGCAGCCACCAAAAAUUUAUGAAAAUAAUGAAAGAUAAUAAAGGUCAUUUGUUUAUAA